AUGGCGUUCUUUUCCUUUGACUCCUUUUCCACCAAGCGUAGCAAGCGGGCACCCAGCCCCUCAAGUGAGUCUGAUUCUGAGAAGGCGAAAUCGAAGCCCAAAGCAAAGUCGGCUGAGGCACCCUCACCCUCCUUGCUGACGGCCGCCACGGAGUCAUCAGCAGAACUGCUGGCAGUGGCCAAGGAGUUGAGUAGCACCGCCGAGUUGACGCGACGUUUUAUCUUGGCCAGCCACAAGGAAUGGACGCAGACAGGUGCAGCGGAGGAACCACCAGAGCUGGCCUCACUUCAACCUUUGGUGGACCUGAUGUUUGCCAAGGCUUUGGAUGAGAAGGAAGAGGAGCACAUGAAGCAGUGCUGCUUGCACAGCUUGGAAAGGAAGCAUUUGUUGGCGCAGAAGAACUAUUUGGAUUUGAUUCAUGGAAGUAAAACUUGGGUCACCGGAGGGCUUUUGUAUAUCUCCAGUGACGAGCCGAAGGGCAACGAGCGAAUGUGGGGGCAGAAGUGGCGAAAGAUCGCGGAUAAGGGGUCCUUGUUGGACGAUGCGGUCACGCAAAAAGCCUUGCAAAGUUUCAAGCGACUGCUCUCCUUCCAUGAGAAGGUUCUUCCCCCCGUGGCGGGAGUGAUGCCUGAUGCGGCCAAUUGCAGCAGUUCCUUUGGGGAGUUGUAUUGCGAGGAGUGCAUGUAUGCUCCAGUGGUGGCGCCCAAGCAGAGCUUCGCCCUGUCCAAUUUGCUUCCAGGUCAAGACUACUAUUUCAUGGCACGUGCGGUGGGCACCAGCGGCAAGGGUGAGUUUUCACAGGUCCUGGGCCCAGUGUGCACCGACAGCGAAGAGCCCAAGGAUGUGGAGCCUAUGGAGUUGAAUGAGCUGGGCAUUUUUUCGUGCAGCGCAAAGCUCUGGCUGCCCUACGACUUCGGGGCGCCCAUCUCGGAGAUCCACGCGGUCUUGCGCCGGCUCCAUGGGCCACUGUCCCCGGAUGAGCUGGAUGAGAAGGGUGAAGUGCACGCACAUAUUGCUGGCAAAGAGCAACGUGCAGCACCAGAGACGAUGAUUUUCGAGUCCGUGGUGGCGGACCAGACUGGACCAGUGACUGUAGGUGUGACGCCUGCAUUGCGCAGAUGCUUUGCUGCGGAACAGAUGCAGGAGGACCUGCCCAGACGGAUGCAGCGCACCUCAACUCUCAAGUCAUGCACUGGACAGAGCUACAAGGUGACCUUUGAAGACCUCAAACCUGGCACCGAGUACGAGAUACGCUGGUGUUGCCAAAACGCCAUGGGACGAAGUCCCUUUUCGGGUCCUUUGGUGCUCAAGACGAACCCCAACCAUCCUGACCAGCCAUUUGCAGUAGCAGUUGACAGCCUUUAG